AUGUCGUGGAUGAGCGGACUCACUGGACAGGAGCCCGAGCGCUAUGUCGUGCCCGAGAGCGAGCCUAAGGUUGCAGAUCCUCAUAUUCCUGACCGGAUGGUAUCAGCGAAAAAAGCCAACCAACCAUUUUUAGCCUAUAAAGAAUACCGUGAACAACAGGAACGAUUGCACCAGGAGUGGUUAGAGAAGAAGAAGAUUCGUGACGACAAGAUUGCCCGUGGAGAGCCUGUGGGACCUCUACCACCAGACCCCACUCAACCCGUCGAAGUGGGGCUUGUUGGGCUCCUGAAAUUCCUUCUCUAUGUGCUUGUCGGCGGCGCCCUAUUAGGAAAAUUCAUUACUGGAAGCUAUACUUGGGAGUACGAGACGCAAUUCGACAAACUCAAGCAGUUCUGGCCUACGGACCAGCGCUUAUUCUCGGAACGACUACUGAGCGAGUACACCGGCCAAUACGGGAAGCCGACUUAUCUGGCGAUUGACGGCGACGUAUAUGAUGUGAGCAAGGGAAAGGCCUAUCAACCCGGCGGUUCCUACCAUUUCAUGACUGGCAUCGAUGCUGCGAGGGCAUUUGGGACUGGAUGCUUCGAAACCCACAGGACGCAUGAUUUGCGUGGACUGUCCUACAAGGAAUGGGAGGGAGUGCUCCAUUGGAAACAGUUUUUCGCUAAGCACAAAGACUAUCCCAAAGUUGGCAGGGUCUCUCAUCGUCCAAUUGAUCCAGCCAGUCCCAUCCCGGAUCAUUGUGAUCCAAGCAAGCAGGAGCAGUCAUUGCGAGAGGGAGCUGAACGCGAGGAAGCUCAGCGACGAGCUGCCCGAAGAGCUUCAGGAAGGGAUGAGUUAUAG